GAUGAGCUCGGCCGCCGGCCCCGCCGCCCUACCUCCGGGCUCCGCCACCAGGGCCUUGCAUGUGGAGCUGCCCUCGCAGCAGCGCCGGCUUCGCCACCUUCGGAAUAUUGCUGCACGUAACAUCAUCAGUAAGAAUGGUUAUCGCCUCUUGGACACGUACUUCACUCUCCACCUGUGUGAUAACACCAAGAUAUACAAAGAAUUUUAUAAGAGUGAAGUGAUCAAGAACUCUCUGAAUCCAACCUGGAGGAGUUUGGACUUUGGAAUAAUGCCUGAUCGUCUCGAUACGUCUGUCUCGUGUUUCGUUGUGAGGAUCUGGGGUGGCAAGAAGGAGCACUUCCAGCUUCUGAUCGAAUGGAAGGUCAAUCUGGAUGGAUUGAAGUACUUGGGACAGCAGAUACAUGCAAGAAACCCAAAUGAGAUUAUUUUUGGUCUCAAUGAUGGUUAUUAUGGAGCUUCGUAUGAGCAGAAGGAUCACUCAGGUACCCUGAAGAACAGCCUUCUCCAGGUGGAUCAGAACUGCGUUCGUAACUCUUACGAUGUCUUCUCUUUGCUUAGGCUUCACAGAGCCCAGUGUGCAAUUAAACAGACUCAGGUAACCGUUCAGAAAAUAGGAAGGGAGAUAGAAGAAAAGCUGAGAUGCACAUCUACAAGCAAUGAGCUGAAAAAGGAGAGUGAAUGUUUACAGUUGAAGAUCCUGGUGCUACGUAAUGAACUGGAGAGGCAGAGGAAGGCCCUUGGUCAAGAAGUAGCUUUGUUACAUAAGGAAAAGAAUACUUUACAUGACAAAGGAAAUGCAUUUGAGGCUGAGUAUCAGAAGCAUCAAGAGCGCAAUGAAUCCCUGCAUGAAUUAAGAAAAGAAUGCACUGCAAAGAGAGAACUGUUCCUGAAGACCAAUGCCCAGCAGACCGCUCGAUGCAAGCAGUUGCUCUCAGAGCUGUCCUACAUCUACCCUAUUGACCUGAAUGACCAAAAGGAUUACUUUGUUUGUGGAGUCAAGCUUCCGAACUCUGAAGACUUUCAAGCGAAAGAUGACGGAAGCAUCGCUGUUGCCCUGGGCUACACCGCUCAUUUGGUUUCAAUGAUCUCCUACUUCUUACAAGUGCCACUCAGGUAUCCCAUAAUUCACAAGGGCUCCAGGUCUACAAUCAAAGAUAACAUCAACGACAAACUGACAGAGAAAGAGAGAGAAUUUCCUUUAUACCCAAAAGGAGGAGAGAAGCUUCAGUUUGAAUAUGGAGUGUAUCUUCUCAACAAAAACAUAGCACAGCCUCGUGUGUUUUCCUGCAUGAUUCUGAAGUUGGCCAUUGGGUUGUGUGGCAACAGCUACUCUGUGCUGCUUUGGUAGGUGAAAUUCUGAACUCUUUGUUGAGCCCAAGUUGGUAGACUUUCCAUUUCCUGCAGUCUGGGUUGGUUGGCACUUGUGCCUGUAGUAUCUUUUUUCUUAUUUUAAUAGGAACUGUCACCACUUCACUACUUUUCCUGUUCUUU